UUCUUCUUCUUCUUCCUCUCGGCUGCUUUCUUUGAUCAUCCAUAAAGUGAAAGCUAACGCAUAGAGAGCCAUAUCGUCCCAAAAAAAAGCAAAAGUCCAAAACCAACAAAAAAAAACUAUCUCCUAAAACAUUCUCUCUUUGCUCUUUUAGUCUUUAGUUUCUCUCUCUCUCAUCUCUCUCUGCCUUUCUCUUUGUCGAAGCUCAUGGAUGCUACGAAGUGGACGCAGGGGUUUCAAGAAAUGAUAAACGUAAAACCAAUGGACCAGAUGAUUUCUAACGUCACCAACAACAACACAUCGCAGCAACAACCAACAUUCAUCGCCACCAACAUUAGGCCAAAUGCCACCGCAUCCAACGGUGGUUCCGGCGGAAAUAACAACAGCACCGCCACGACGAUGGAAACUAGAAAGGCGAGGCCACAAGAGAAAGUAAACUGUCCAAGAUGCAACUCAACUAACACAAAGUUCUGUUAUUACAACAACUACAGUCUCACGCAACCAAGAUACUUCUGUAAAGGUUGUCGAAGGUACUGGACAGAAGGUGGUUCUCUUCGUAACGUCCCAGUUGGAGGUAGCUCAAGAAAAAACAAGAGAUCCUCAACACCAUUAGCUUCAGCUUCUAAUCCCAAGCUUCCAGAUCUAAAUCCACCGAUUCUUUUCUCAAGUCAAAUCCCUAAUAAGUCAAAAGAUCUCAACUUGCUGUCUUUCCCGGUCAUGCAAGAUCAUCAUCAUGGUAUGUCUCAUUUUCUUCAUAUGCCCAAGAUAGAGAACAACAAUACUUCAUCCUCAAUCUAUGCUUCAUCAUCUCCUGUCUCAGCUCUCGAGCUUCUAAGAUCUAACGGAGUCUCUUCAAGAGGCAUGAACACGUUCUUGCCUGGCCAAAUGAUGGAUUCGAACUCAGUCCUUUACUCAUCAUUAGGGUUUCCAACAAUGCCUGAUUUCAAACAGAGUAAUAAUAACCUCUCAUUCUCCAUUGAUCAUCAUCAAGGGAUUGGACAUAACAACAUCAACAGUAACCAAAGAGCUCAAGAUAAUAAUGAUGACAUGAACGGAGCAAGUAGGGUUUUGUUCCCUUUUCCAGACAUGAAAGAGCUUUCAACCACAACCCAAGAGAAGAGUAAUGGUAAUAAUACAUACUGGAGUGGGAUGUUCAGUAAUACAGGAGGAUCUUCGUGGUGAAAAAAAAAGGUGAAAAAGAGAUCAUGAACUUAUAUAGCUUUCUUUCUCUUUUUCACUUUUUUACCUCCUUAUUUUAUUAUAUAUAUUUUUUUACUUUGAUGAUCUUUUGUUUUUUCUCACAUGGGGUACUUUAAUUAAAGUUGUCAGAACUAAGUUUACAGAUUGUCUUUUUAUUCCUUCUUUCUGGGGUUUUUCUCUUUGUUUUGUUUUUUUAAUCAGUCUUUUAAAAAAAAAAAACAUAAUUGAGCUUGCUGGUAAUUUAUAUUUGUAGUAAUCAUAUAGGGUCUACGUUCAUGAGGAGUGCUAAGGGAUAUAUGAUCAGUAGGGUAGAAGAAUAAGUGAAUACAAGGGCUUCGUGUGUAAUCAGUGAAAUCUGUAUUCAUCAUUUCUUCUAUUUAAUUUCGACAAGUAUUUGUGUAAUUUAUUCCUCUUUUUAUCUAAUCAUAAUCCGAUCUAUAUUUUGAAUUUUGUAAACGUAAAAUUUUAUACAUUUCAUCCGUCG